AGAUUAAUUUUACUCCCAUUCACAGCUGUUCAAGUUUGUUAAGAUAGGAAUGGUAUUUUUAAGAUAUAUAUAAUUGAAUAAUUUAAAGAAUAUUCAUAUUGUUUUUGUUAUCAUGUGGGCUGAUACUAUUUUAAUUGUAUUUAUUAGUAUUUGUACAGCAUUAUUAGGAGAAGGUUUAACGUGGUUAAUGGUUUAUAGAACAGAAAAAUAUCAAAAAUUGAAAGCUGAAAUAGAAAAACAAAGUAAAAAAUUGGAAAAAAGAAAAGAAGCACAUGGAGAUUCAUUAGAUAAACAACAGAAAAAAAAAAUUGAACGAGAAGAAGAAAGAUUAAAGAAUAAUAAUAGAGAUUUAUCUCUUGUAAAAAUGAAAUCAAUGUUUGCAAUUGGAUUUGCAUUCACAGCUCUUUUAAGUAUGUUUAAUAGCAUUUUUGAUGGUAGAAUUGUGGCAAGAUUGCCUUUUGUUCCAAUUAGUUGGAUACAAGGUUUAUCACAUAGAAAUCUUCCAGGAGAUGACUAUACAGAAUGUUCAUAUUUUUUAUAUAUAUUAUGUACUAUGAGUAUUAGACAGAAUAUUCAAAUGCUUGGAUUUGCUCCUUCUAGGACUGCAAGUAAACAAAGUGGAAGUAUUUUUGGUCCUCCACCUCAACAAUUUAAAUGAAUUUGAG